AUGGUUGAAGACCGAAAUCUUUGUAAUAGAUCAGCACAGCUGCAUGGGCUAAACGUGACCUAUUAUGCAUCAAAUGUUUUAGUCCUUAUUUUGUCACUUCUGAUAAUAUGUGGGAAUCUUCUUGUAAUCAUCUCUGUCAUUUACUUCAAACAGCUGCACACUCCAACAAACUACCUCAUCCUCUCUCUGGCUGUGACUGACCUGCUUGUUGGAGCUUUAGUUUUGCCUUUCAGCACAAUAUUGUCUUUAAGCUCAUGCUGGUACUCAAGUUAUUUACUCUGCAAAAUGCGUGGUGUGUUUGAUAUGUUACUUUGUGCAUCAUCCAUUUUAAACUUGUGUUGUAUAUCCCUCGAUAGAUAUUAUGCAGUGUGUCAUCCUCUUACUUAUAGAAGUCGAAUUAAUGUUCGUUUUACUCUAACUAUGAUCCUUGUGAGCUGGACUCUCUCAGCUUUAUUCUCAAUCAUCAUCACAGUUCGUGGGAAAAGUGAGGAAAAUCCUAGUAAGGGGUGUAGGAUAUUUAUAGCUACAAAGGAAUCAAGCCUCGUGUCAGUUUUGUCAUUUUAUAUUCCAUCUAUUAUAAUAUCAACCAUUUAUCUUAAGAUUUUGAUGGUGGCAAAGAGACAGGCGAGAAGCAUACACAACACUUUAAGGUCUGAGACAGCUCUUAGCAAGAUGGAGAAAAAGGCCAACAUAACUCUGGCUGUAGUCCUGGGAGUCUUCCUUAUGUGUUGGACUCCAUACUUUUUUUUCAUUGGUUUGUACAGCACCAGAAAAUAUGCAAUACCAGCCAUGGCGAUGGAAGCUUUUAAAUGGCUUGGAUGGUCGAAUUCUGUGCUGAAUCCAUUGGUUUAUGCUUUCUUCUACAGGUGGUUCAGACAUGCUUUUAAAAUGAUCAUUUCUGGUAAAACAUUCAAAGGAGAUUUU